AGAAUGAUCUAGUCACUAGCGAAUCAAAAUAACGGCUAUAAAGCCGCCAAAUCGUUUAUUAUUUGUUUCCCUUUCCACAAAUAAAUUUUUUUACGGUUGCGUUACGAAUCCUUUUCUCCUCCUCUCUCAAAGCAAUCUCCUCACCCUCCACGUGUAACUUCCGGUUUAAUUUUCUCAGUCUCGCCGUGAAUUUGUUGAUUCUCCGGUCGAAAUCACAAAAAUCCUUUUAGCUUUCUCUUGGGAUAAAUUCGUUUUCUUUCCAAUCGCGUCUCCGUUGGUGUUUUUACAUGAAUGUUUCUCGGGUUUAGCUUCGAAUUUGAUCUUCCUCUGUAUAUAUCUUCCUUCUCACGUAUUUUGUGUGGUUUCGCUGCUGCAAAUCACAACUAUUCUAAUUCCUGGAAGUGAUAACAUCAUCUGCAAGCGCUUCAGGUCCUUAUGCGGUUUAUAAGACUGUAAAGCAGAGUAACACAGCAAGUUGUUGGAAUGGAGGGUCCGGAAAGAUGAGAGAUUGUUAAUACCCAGUCAGAUAUUCUUUGAGGUCUUAAUAGAUUGCUUUGUGAAGAUACUUUAAAAGGGUAAAAAGAAGGUGACUAUGCUGGCUUCUCAUUUCGCCUCUGUAACAUCUAAAAUGUUAUCCCUCUCAACCUCUGAUCACGCCUCUGUGGUUUCACUGAAUCUCUUUGUCGCCCUUCUAUGUGCUUGUAUCGUCAUUGGGCAUCUUUUGGAGGAGAAUCGAUGGAUGAACGAAUCCAUUACAGCUUUAUUGAUUGGGCUUUGUACUGGUGUCGUUAUUUUGUUGCUUAGUAGAGGGAAAAACUCUCAUUUGUUGGUCUUCAGUGAAGAUCUUUUCUUUAUAUAUCUUUUGCCACCCAUUAUAUUCAAUGCAGGGUUUCAAGUUAAAAAGAAGCAGUUUUUCCGAAAUUUUGUAACUAUUAUGGCUUUUGGCGCCAUCGGGACUGUAGUUUCCUGCACCAUAAUAUCUCUAGGUGCAAUACAGUUCUUUAAGAAGUUAGACAUUGGGACCUUUGACUUGGGUGAUUUUCUUGCAAUUGGUGCCAUAUUUGCUGCAACCGACUCUGUAUGCACACUCCAGGUUCUUAAUCAAGAUGAGACACCUCUGCUUUACAGUCUUGUAUUUGGAGAGGGCGUCGUGAACGACGCCACAUCUGUUGUGCUCUUCAAUGCAAUUCAGAGUUUUGACCUCACCCACCUUAACCAUGAAGCAGCUUUUAAAUUUCUUGGGAACUUCUUGUAUCUGUUUCUCUUGAGCACCUUGCUUGGUGUUGCAACUGGUCUGAUAAGUGCUUAUGUCAUCAAGAAGCUAUAUUUUGGAAGGCACUCGACUGAUCGAGAAGUUGCCCUCAUGAUGCUUAUGGCGUAUCUUUCAUACAUGCUUGCUGAGUUAUUCGCCUUGAGUGGUAUUCUCACUGUAUUUUUCUGUGGGAUUGUGAUGUCCCAUUACACCUGGCACAAUGUAACUGAGAGCUCAAGAAUAACUACCAAGCAUGCCUUUGCUACUUUGUCGUUUCUUGCUGAGACAUUUAUUUUCCUUUACGUUGGAAUGGAUGCAUUGGACAUAGAGAAAUGGAGAUUCGUGAGUGAUAGCCCAGGGACAUCAGUUGCAGUGAGCUCAAUUCUAAUGGGUCUAGUCAUGCUUGGAAGAGCAGCUUUUGUUUUUCCUCUUUCGUUCUUAUCAAAUUUAUCCAAGAAGAAUCAGAGCGAGAAAAUUGACAUCAAGCAGCAAAUUGUGAUCUGGUGGGCUGGUCUAAUGAGAGGUGCUGUAUCUAUGGCUCUUGCAUACAAUAAGUUUACAAGAUCAGGGCACACUGAAUUGCGGGGGAAUGCAAUCAUGAUUACCAGUACAAUAACCGUGUUAUUUAGCACUAUGGUGUUUGGAAUGCUGACCAAACCGCUGAUCAGAUACCUCAUGCCACAUCAAAAAGCGACCACCAGUAUGUUAUCAGACGAUAACACUCCGAAAUCAAUCAACAUUCCGCUCCUCGACGGCGAGCAGCUAGAUUCAUUUGAGUUACCAGGGACACACCAGGACUUGCCACGACCAAACAGCCUUCGCGGUUUCCUGAUGCGCCCCACACGCACUGUCCACCACUACUGGAGACAGUUUGAUGAUGCCUUCAUGCGUCCAGUGUUUGGUGGUCGCGGUUUCGUUCCCUUUGUCCCUGGUUCUCCGACUGAGAGAAGCACCCAUGAUCUUAGUAAACCUUGAUUACAGAAACUUAUUAGAAAUUUAUAUUAUUUUCUUAUGUAAAAAGUUACUAAUAUUAGUGAAUGAAGAAGCUUCUUACAUUUGGAGAGACGUGUGGGACUUAUGUAUAUAUUAACUGUUAGUCUUUGUUUUGUUUAACGAAAAACUACAAUUUCUUUGUAAGUUUUUGACUUUGCCCUCAUGGGAUUUGUUGUUGUUGGUGAGAACUUCGAAUAUUCUAUAACUCGCUUUGAUCUCACGAUUA